GCUCCCCGUACGAGGAGUACAUGGCGCUCAGGCAAAAGAAGGACUCCGGAAAGACCGUAACGCCCGAAGCCGACCAACAGAUUUCACUUUUCGACUCCUACAUGUCGUCGAGGGAGAAGACGGCCGCGCUGCCCCCGGCGGAGAAGGAGAAGUCGCUGUUCGAAGAGUACUCCUCGACGAGGGCGAAGGUCACGGAUCCUGGUGUAGGCCGACCUGCCGCCCCUCCGGUGCCUUCUGCUGCCGCUCCCGCUGCUCCUGCCGCGGCACCGGCAAAGGAGCUCUCCCCUUACGAGGAAUACAUGCAAUCGAAGAACAAGGUGAAAGCUGUCGAGGCCGCAACGACGUUUGAGGAGAAGGCCAAGUCUUCGGUUUACGCGGACUAUAUGGCAUCGAGGACCGACACGACCGGUGCUGCGCCCAUAGACUGCGUGGAGGAGGAGUGCGAUGCGGAUGAGCUGCAGGAACAGGGAGGAUUGUUCGCAAGCUACAUGGCGUCGAGAGGCAUGCAGGUGGAGGCUAUCGACUCUGUCGUCCCCGAGAUCGAGUGCGAGGAUGAAGAGGAGUGCACGGCUGAAGAGGAACUUUCGUUCUACGAAAGCUACAUGAGGUCGAGAAACAAGGUGACCGAAGCUGCUGCGACGGUUACCCCGGCGGAGGUGGAGACGGUCUCUCAGUUCGACUCAUACACCGCGGAGAGGAUCAAGAAGGAUGAGGCCCAGGCGGCAAUGCCCCCGGCGCAAAAGCAGGCCAGCAUGUUCGACGACUACAUGUCGGCGCAGUCGAGCGGUUCUUCAUCGAAGACUGCCCCCGGACACAAGGGCACCGGCGGCAUGGCAGACACCCGCGACCCCGCACCUGUCAACCACGCCGACCCCCGCAAGUCCAUCUCCGCCGCACCCUCGUUUGCGGAGUACCUCAAGUCCAAGAAGAACUAAAUGGGAGGCUGUUCCCAUCUGCCAAGAACGGUAGAGUCGCUGGGCACCCUGAAAGAGGCCGGCUCCCGCUACCGUGUGUUUUUUUUGCAGUAUAGUGCGAUAGGUUAUUAGGCGGCGGGUCUUGGGCCAAAGCCCGCGGAUGAUUUGUGUGUUUGUCGUAGGUCGGCGUUUGCCCUGCCCAUCCCGUGAAUGGAGGUCGUUUUCGUCUUGUCCAUCUGCAAGAAGCGAAAUAGCCGUUCGGUCGAUCCGCCCCUUGGCUUACUUGUCCGUUGCCAGGCAGCGAGCUCCCCAUGACGUCGUGGUACAUUUCAUUUCUCUGUCUUCGCCGCUGUUGUUCUUCAAGCUUCAUGAAAGGGAACGGCAAUAAAACGAGUGAGGGUGUUCCCGUGUUUUUUCUUUGUCCUCUUUUGAAGUCCCACGCAACGUUGCAUUCGAACCAAGUCGGGAAAACCGGCUCUUAUCUAAGAAAUGGAACUGCUAGGGGACUUUUCGAGAUGGAAGGGAAUCCAGCAGCGGUUCUUGAGAGAUGGGGCUGGUAGGAAGGGGUAUUCUUCGGCACCUCCGUUGGUGUGAUCGAUCAUACACGCACGGAAAGCGAAGAGUCAGCGGGGUUUCGGGCUGCUAUUUCAAAGAAGAGAAGACGGCAUGUCAUACAAUUUUUGUAGGAUGUACCACGGCGGUGUGCGGGUGGGUGUAGAACUCUUGGUUGUUUGCUAAUUCAUGUUCCUCGAAUAUGGUCAGACUUCGAAUUGUUCUCGAGAUAGAAACGUUUGUCAACACGGGUCCCUGCGACUGGGACUCGUCAUGAUGUAGAGGGAGUUGGCGCGGGGUUGGGGUCUGGGAAGUCUUGCCGCGAAAUUCAGGGCGAACAUUUGUGAUUUUGGUGGAUAUAAUCUGGCGUCUUGGAAAGGCAUGCUCCCUCGGGUGUUGAGACUCUGUUUCCAAAGCUGGCGUCGGCUCCACUUGUUGCGGGAAAACGCCUCGAAUGUUAAAACGAAAGACGGGGAAAUAUCGAACUGGUUAGAAGGACAUUGUGCGAGUUGUGAAACCCGGCCCCUACAACUUCGUUUGGUAGUCCGCUCGACUUGUGGGGCUCCCCACUGCCCCGAACAUGGGGCGAGUACUCGACCGGGGACAAUGGUGCCGAAGGAGCAGGCCCAACUACCCAAAAGUCAGGAAUAAUCUGUCUCUACAGUGCAAACAGAUUUUUUGGGUGUGUGACUGGAAUGGCAACAGGGGUACACGCCAGGACUGCUUGGAGGGCAAGGAUGGGGAUGCCACAAGGCAAUCACCCAAUCCUAUCGCAGAGAAAGAAAUUUCCUGGUCAUUUUCCCCACAUAAUCACACUGCCCCGAAAAUAGUCAGCUCGUUCAGAGAACUACCGAAGCAGACUGAGGCACUUGUUUGCACUUAGAAAUGCCCAUUUUCUGGUAGGAUGGGUGCGUCGUAACUCGCAAUCUCGUUUUCAUCUGAUUAUGGUGCUUCGUGCCCAGUGCAGGCUCGCGCGCUAAUCGCCUGGUGCCCGUGUAGGCGAAGACGCAUUGUGUUUUUCCCGACUCUUGCCUUGCUGCAUUUCGUGUGUAGAGCCCGGACGGCGACUUCACAAAGCCGACAAUAAUCCCCGUAGCUUCUUCAGACUUACAGUCCUUUGAAUAGUUAUAUUGUAUCUCAGCUUCCACGUGACUGAGUGGGGUAAGCGAAUCUGCUUCAUUUUUGGGUUUCUUUGCCCUGCGCUGCUUUCAUUAUAUUCCUGUUCGCUGUAAAGUUCACUGUAGUUUAAAAGAGUGUGGGACUUGCUCAUGUUUACCGCUGACGCGGCGGUUGAACCAGCAAACGUGCUAGAACAUGCUGAGAUAGGAAUCGGUUGUGGUUUCGUGUUUUAAGACAACGAUAGUCUUGAAACCUCACGGUUUUCUGCGCGGCAG